UCCUGCGGAUCCCCAGGCAGGUGAGGAGGAAGUCAGUGCCCCUUUGCCCCUCUCUCCUGCUCCAUCUCCCAGCCCAGCCUGGCCCCGGCUGCAGGACAACCCCGCUGCCGACGCCGUCCUGCCGGGGAUGCACGGGGGAUCUCCUUGGCCUUCCCUCUGGCACGGAGGCAAAUCCCAUCCUGUCCUUGUCCUUCCUCCCCCAGACAAGGAGGCCAGGGAGGACAAAUCCCCUCAGCAGAACCUCGUGGAAGAGGCUGUUUUGAGCGGCUCCAUGGCAGAGGAAUGCAAUGGGGAGGAAAAGGUGCUGAGAUCCCGCCCGAGGAGGGGCUCCAAACCCAUGCCAGGGUGCUCCGAGGAGGAAGGACCCACCCUGUGCCAGGAAGGCAGCCAGAGAUGUGGCCAGAGCUCUGAGCUGGUGGUGCAUGAACAGCUUCACAAUGGCAAGAAGCGGCACCAGUGCUCAGAAUGUGGGAAGAGUUUCUGUGCAAAGUCCAGGCUGCUCCGGCACCAGAAGAUCCACAGUGUGGAACGGCGCUGUGAGUGUGGGAAAUGUGGGAAGCGCUUCAGAGACACCUCUGGCCUGAUGAUCCACCAGAGAGUCCACACUGGGGAACGGCCCUAUGAGUGUGGGGAGUGUGGGAAGAGCUUCACUCAAAGCUCCAGCCUGAUCGUCCACAAGAGGAUCCACACUGGGGAACGGCCCUAUGAGUGUGGGGAGUGUGGCAAGAGCUUCACUACGAGCUCCAGACUGAUUGUCCACCAGAGGAUCCACACUGGGGAACGGCCCUAUAAAUGUGGAGAAUGUGGGAAAGACUUCAGAAAGAGCUUUCACCUGAAAGGCCACCAGAUGCUCUGCACUGGAAUCUGACCCUGUGUGUGUGGGCAGUACUGGAAGAGCUUCUGUGACAGCUCUGGCCUGAUCAUGCAGCAGACAGUGCACACUGGGGAAUGCCCCUACACGUGCUCAGAAUGUGGGAAGAGCUUCAUCCAGCACUCCAAGCUGCUUGUCCACCAGCAGAUGCACAGCGGAGAGAGGCCCUAACAGUGUCCUGAGU